UACAAGCGUCGUCAGGCAGGCCGGGUCAAUAACAAACGGGCAGGUAGGUACAGGGGGGUCAGGCAGAGAAUGGUCGGGGUCACAAGCCAGGGAUCAGAACAGGAGAAGUCAGCAGAGGUCCAGAUCAAGCAGGGUCAGCAACAAGACAGGAACAGGAACAGGAACAGGAUGCAGGAACAAGAUACAGGGCCCAGGAAAAACACACACCAAGGCAGAGUCUGCAGGUCUGGCCAUCCCUUAAAUACACCAGCAUAAGCAGUUUUCAGGUGUUUUGGCUGGCUGCAGGGUUGAGUCUCUGAUUGCUGGGAGCACCCGCUGGCCAGCCCUGGUACUGCAGCCCAUAAGGCAGGUGAGUCCCACCAUUGCUGGCCAGUCCAUCCAUUCCUGACAUAUACACUCAGGGGAUAA